AUGCGUGGCGCAGGCAUGCGCAGACCACCGGGAUGGGUGUGUAUGGUGGCAUGGAUCGUGCUGGCGCCAUUUCAUUUCGGAUACGGCGUGUCGCAGCUGAAUGCCCUGGAAAAAGUAUGGGUGUGCAAGCCGAGUACCACGACGGCGUGUCUGGGCAUGACGGAGGACGAAUUCGGACUGGCCACGGCCAUGUUUACCAUCGGAGGCACCAUCGCUUCUCUGCUGUGCGCACCAGCCGCACGAUACGCGUAUGCGGGGCGCCGUGCAUGUCUUCUCAUGUGUGCGUCCCUCGCGCUCGUCAGCAGCCUUCUGCUGUCGACCACGACCACGACCAAGAUGAUCUCUAUGGCGCGGCUUGUGUACGGUCUCUGCGCUGGGAUUGCGAUUGUACAGACGCCAUUAUACCUCCAAGAACUCGCGCCUCCCGCGAUCCGUGGCGCGAUCGGCACACUCAAUCAGCUAGCGGUGGUCAUGGGCAUUUUUACGGCGCAGCUGGUGGGCACUUGGGCCGUGACUACGCAUCACCCCUGGCAGCGAGUGCCGCAAGUGAGUGCUGCGGUCGCUCUGAUCCAGCUGAUCGUUGGCUACGUAUGGGCAUGUGAGAGUCCCGGAUGGCUCGAGGGGGACGGCACUGCGCUGGGCGUCGGAUCUGCCGCGGCAGCAGCGCAGAUCCGGUCUCGACUGGGGUGCACGGACGGGGUGUAUGAGCGCGUACACGCGCAGGAUGCUCCGAUACUGGGCGCAGACGAGCGGCCGCCGCGGACAUGGGCGCAGGGUAUCCGAAUCGUGGUCGUGACGCAGGUGGCACAGCAGCUCAGCGGUGUGAACGCCAUCAUGUACUACAGCACGGGCAUCAUGUCGCGUGUUCUGCCGCAUCUUGCGCCCUUCGUGGGUCUGCUCAUUACGCUCGUGAAUAUCAUCAUGACGCUUCCGCCGCUCUGGCUCAUCGAUGACGCGCGCUUCGGCCGCCGCCGACUCUUGCUCUUUUCCGCGACGAGUAUGGGUCUUUGCUGCUUUGUGCUUGCAUGGGCGCUGAUGCGGUCGUAUGCAUGGCUCAGUUCCGUGUCGAUUCUUCUCGUGAUGGCCAGCUUCGCCGUCGGACUGGGCCCCGUGCCGUUUGUCAUGUUGCCCGAAGUGCUUCCUCCGUCGCACGUGUCGCUUGGAUCUUCGAUCGGCCUGGGCCUCAACUGGCUCACGAACAUCGUGGUGGCGCUGUCGUUCCAACCGCUGCGCCGCCUGCUCGGGGCCUGGGACGGCCAGACGGGCAGUCUCGUCUUUGUCGUGCUGGGGGUACUCAACCUUGCUUUCGCCUCGCUCAUACGGCGUAUGUACACAACCUAA